AUGGCGUCAACAUUACCUAGACUCCCGAUAUUCGAAGCAAUCGCGAGCCACGACCCGAAAUCCACCGUGGUCGUGCAUUCGGCAUCGGGCAGGCGCUUUACCUAUGGAGAACUACUGGGAGAUGUCGCAGAAGCAAAGGACAGACUCCUCAAGGAGGCAGGUGGGAAUGCCUUAGAUGGGCAGCGGAUAGCAUUUCUUGUGGAAAACAGCUACGAUUAUGUGGUCACUCUGCUCUCCAUACUUGGCACACAUUCAAUAGCCCUUCCUCUCUCUCCUGCGUUUCCCACGCAUGAGCUACAAUAUAUAAUGGAUCAGAGCCAGGCCUCGAUGCUGUUAUCGUCCAAGAAGUUCGAGACCAAGGCAGAGGCUUUGAAGGACGUCUUAGAAGGAAAGCCAAGAUAUAUCAAGCUUGAAAAGAAGCUCGGUGGUGCAGAUUAUGCUAAAGUCACCCUGGAGGGACCUACCGAUGGCCAAGGGGGGAUGAUGCUAUAUACAUCAGGGACGACGAAUCGACCAAAAGGUGUCCUGAUUCCCCAGUCAGCCUUGACAGCGCAAGCAAAGUCCCUCCAAACAGCAUGGAACUAUAGUUCUAAGGAUUACCUUCUCCACGUCCUCCCUCUUCAUCAUAUCCACGGAACUGUCAAUGCUAUCAUAACACCUCUAUUCUCCGGGUCAGCAAUCGAGUUCCUCUUCCCAUUCAAUGCAACUGCAGUGUGGGAGAGGUUGGCAGCGCCAUUCCUUCCAGACAGCAAGGAAAAGGAUAAAGUCACCUUCUUCACAGUCGUCCCAACCAUCUACAACCGCCUCCUAGCAACGCACCAGGACUUAUCACCUGAAAAGCAAACCGCCGCACGUCAAGGCAUCUCGCCCGAAAACAUGCGUCUUAGCAUUUCGGGCUCCGCUGCUCUCCCAACCCCGAUCAAGAAGGCUUGGGCCGAUCUCAGUCAUGGGAAUGUUAUUCUGGAGCGUUAUGGCAUGACAGAAGUCGGCAUGGCGCUGUCCUGCGGUCUUGCAAACGAAGACAGAGUGGACGGGAGCGUGGGCUGGCCUCUCCCAUCCGUCGAGGUCCGCUUAGUAGACACCGAGACCAACGAGGUGAUCCAGCCGGGCGAGGAGCUUGACAAAGACGGCCGAGAGCGAGACGGAGAGAUCCAACUGCGCGGCCCAACCAUCUUCAAGGAGUACUGGCGCAACGAGAAAGCUACGAACGCAGAGCACGUGGAGGGAGAAGAUGGCAAGGGCCGCUGGUUCAAGACAGGCGAUGUCGCCGUUCGCAGGGAGGUGCCGAGCGCAGGUCACAGCGACCAAGAGUGGGCACGAGGCCCUCUAUACUUCAUCCGCGGCCGCAAGAGCGCCGACAUCAUCAAAACCGGGGGGGAGAAAGUCAGCGCCCUCGAAGUCGAGCGCGAGCUACUCUCGCUCCCUCAAGUCGCAGAGGCUGCCGUCAUGGCCGUCCCAUCCGGCAAAUGGGGCGACAAAGUCGGGGCAGCUGUGGUUCUGCGACCCGGCGCAGAGGGGAAAGCAGGCAAGCCGUGGGGUGCCAUGGAUAUGCGACGAGCGCUGAAGGAUCGACUUGCCAAUUAUAAGAUCCCGCAGGUUAUGCGUGUCGUUGAUGAGAUUCCUAAGAAUGCUAUGGGCAAGAUUAAUAAAAAACAACUCGUCAAACAGGUCUUUGCGGAAGAUGCGAGCGGUGAUGAGAUGUAG